ACACGCGUGCUUAUAUCCUGCGGCCGGGUUAGACGAGAGAGAAACGAAACUCCUCUGUAUUGCCAUCUCAUUCGUUUGCAUUGCACCACUCAUUGUUUUUGUAUUUCUCUGUAGUUAUAUUAUUAUAAAAUGCGCAGCUCUUUGCUGUUAACCUCACACUCUCUACUUUGCCUUACUCAUCUACACACCACCACACACCACCACUCUCUACAUCCAUCCACACUCUACAUUUUACAUUCGUCAGAUACACACAGCUACAGAAACGAUUUUAGUAUAUGAUUCGUAAUUCGUACGUUAAACAUUUCUCUCGCUGCGUUUUAACAUUCAGUCGGCAUCGAUAAUUACCGGUGGACGUAUCGUGGACGUCGUUAAUGUGUUUGGAACAAAAAAAACUUCUACAGAUCUUUUAAGAAACAAGAAAACCAAAAUAACCUAAAAAAAAACAGAACUUAACUAUAUGCUUAAAGUGCUGCCAGCCACUGUUGCCACAUUAUUGGAAAUUAUUAUCAUUAUUAUCGGCAAUGAAAUUAUUUUGUGCAGUAGUUCGUUCUUCAGUCAGUUCAUAAGUGACUCCUGCAAUUAAGUUGGACAAAAAAAAACUUUAGUUUCUUCUUUUUGUAAAAAUUGAACGAUUAUAGUAAUUAUAGUACGAAUAUAUAAACAAAACAAGUGUAACAAAAACGUUUAAACAUCAUUCGAUUCAACCAAAAAUAAAUAAUCGAACAAAAAAGCUUAAAGAAACCAAGAAAGAAGUGAAGUGUUAUAAAAAAAACUUUGUGCCAUAUUAACAAAUAAAAUACAAAAAAAAAAACAAAAAAUAAGAGACAUGUUUGGAUUGUAAAUAAAUAAAAGAAAAAUAAUUUAACUUAAAUCCACAACAAUUAUUAACAAAAACAUACAAGUGUUUGAAAUAAACAAAAUAGAAAACAAAAAAUUUCUUCAUCAUGAUUGACUCAGCGUGUAAUUACUUAAAUCCCUAUGCCACAGCUUCCUUGGCUGCCUCCUCCACACAAACAACCUCCUCAGCUGGCUCACUGACAAAUGUCAAUGAGUUUUCGCCAUCUGCUGCUGCCGCAUCGGUUUUGUAUAACAGUAAAUCAGUGUCAUCUUCGGUAACAGGCUGCAAUCCCAUGAAAUUGGAAAUGCAAUAUCCGCCACAAUCAUCAUCUACGGGCUCGGCUUCGCCCAACUCGAGCAUACAGUCGGCACCAUCAUCAGCCUCAGUGUCACCUAGCAUCUUCCCCUCACCCGCCCAAUCAUUUGCCUCAAUUUCCUCCAGUCCGCCUGCUUCGGCCACCUCAGCAUCACCCUUAUCCGGCUCACAUACAGAAUUGGGUGCGGCUGCUGCUGCCUCGGCUGCUUACACAUGGAAUACGGCUGCCUAUACAGCUGCAUUGCCAACAAGAACACAAUUUCCUUAUGCUCAAUAUGCUUCAGAUUAUUAUGGCAAUGCUGUUGGUAUGUCUGCUGCUUCGGCUGCCGCUGGUGCUUGGUUCUCGCACCAGGAUCGUUUGUAUCAGCCCUGGUCUGGUCAAACAUAUCCCAGCUUUAAUUUCGAUGAUAUUGCAUUCCAAACUCAAUUGCAAAGACGUUCCGUGCGCUGCACUUGCCCCAAUUGUACCAAUGAAAUGUCGGGACUACCACCAAUUGUAGGACCCGAUGAGAGAGGACGCAAACAGCACAUCUGCCAUAUACCCGGCUGUGAACGCUUGUACGGCAAGGCUUCCCAUUUGAAAACCCAUUUGCGUUGGCAUACCGGAGAACGACCAUUUUUAUGUUUAACCUGCGGCAAACGUUUCUCACGUUCCGAUGAAUUACAACGUCACGGUCGUACUCACACCAACUACCGUCCCUAUGCUUGUCCCAUAUGCUCCAAGAAAUUUUCUCGCAGUGACCAUUUGAGUAAGCACAAGAAGACCCAUUUCAAGGAUAAGAAAAGUAAAAAAGCUAUUGCGGCUGAGGCCAAGGAACAGGCUGCUGCUAUUAAGCAAGAAAAGCCUUUGGAACAACAACAGCAACCGGAGAAGGCCAGUCCAGCAAAGUCUCCCAACAUGGCUAAUGGCAUGCCAAAUACUCCCACAGCUUCAGCAGCCACCACCGUCAAGAGCAACCCCUUAUCCCUUAAUAGUCGUUUAAAUAACAACCUCAAUAAUAACCAACAACACCAGCAGCAGCAACAACAACAAUCAGUUGUACCACAAAUCCAGCUUAAGACGGAACAAACUGAAAUUCCCACAAAUUAUACACCCUACACGAAUUUGUAUCAUCAGACCUCGACAUUGUUCCAACCUCAUUUGACAUCGCCAACUAGUUACGGAACAACAAAUCCAGCCACCGCAAGCGUACAACAAACACCACCAACAUUUGAUUUGUGGAAUACUCAACAGCAGCAACAGACAAGAAGUGCCAUGGAACUGCAGCAACAGCAAACAAAUACCAAUAAUAAUAAUAACAAUGCAACAGCCACAACCGUAUCUACCUCAAAUAAUGGACAUUUAGCACAUUCUCCAAAUAUGCAAACGCAACAGCAACAACAAACUUCCCAAACUCAACAGCAACAACAACAACAACAUUCCCAAACAUCGCAACAUUACAACGCCUUGGCCAUGCAAAGUGAAACUCAAUUAGCCGCCGAAUAUGGCAUUACAAUGUCUUCGCCCCACACUAACAACGGCAACACAUCACCCAUUUCACAUCAUCAUCAUCAUCCCCACUCGUACUCGCAUUCACACCAUCAUCACAUGCAACAUCAUAUGCAACACUCAUCAACCUAUUCCAAUUUAAUAGGACAAAUGAAAUCGGAAUAUCCUUCAUAUGCUGACUUUUCAACAACUUCAACAUAUCCCACACCCACUUCAGCUUUCCACCAUCAUCCUCAUAAUCCUUGGGCUGCAGCGGCAGCCUAUCAACAUCCCCAUCAUGCCACAGCAUAAGCUCAAGGAUAAUGUUUUCAAAACGGUUGACCGUUUAUCGUUUCUAAUGAUGUGUUGUUUUUCUCGAUUUUUAAUCCAGCCAUUUGUA